CUUUCCACAACUCUCGGAUCUAAAAUCUCUACAUUUCUGGUGAGAGCAGGAAACAGUUCGCUCUCUCAUCAUGGCUGGCGUGGCUUCUACUCUGGCCAAGAAAAGGGCCCUGGCUGCGGGCUUCGGCACCAACGCCAACGCGGUGAAGUACCUGAACCAGGACUUCCAUUCGCUACGGGCGCAGAGUCAGAGCCAAGGGGCGCUGUUCUGCGACCACACCUUCGCUGCCGCUCCCGAGUCUCUUGGCUUCAAAGACCUCGGUCGGAACUCCCCUAAGACCCGCGGUGUGACCUGGAAGAGACCCACGGAGCUGGUGUCCAGCCCAGAGUUUAUCAUCGGAGGAGCAACCAGGACGGACAUCUGCCAGGGAGGGCUAGGUGACUGCUGGCUGCUGGCUGCCAUCGCCUCCCUGACGCUCAAUGAGGAUGUGAUGGCCCGCGUGGUGCCGUCCGACCAGGACUUUGGAGACCAGUACGCUGGAAUAUUCCACUUCCAGUUCUGGCAGUACGGCGAGUGGGUGGACGUUGUCAUUGAUGACCGCCUGCCAGUCAAAGAUGGAGAGUUGCUAUUCGUCCAUUCUGCUGAGGGGCGGGAGUUCUGGAGCGCUCUGUUGGAGAAGGCCUACGCCAAGGUUUGUGGCUGCUACGAGGCCCUCUCUGGUGGUUCCACCACGGAAGGCUUUGAGGACUUCACCGGAGGCAUCGCCGAGAACUUUGAUCUCAAGAAUGCCCCCCCCAACAUGUUCCAGAUCGUCAAGAAGGCCCUGGAGGCAGGAUCACUGCUUGGCUGCUCCAUCGACAUCACCAGUGCUUCUGACUCUGAGGCUGUGACGCGCCAGAAGCUGGUCAAAGGUCACGCCUACUCCCUGACCGGCGCUGUAGAGGUGGGCUACCGCGGUCGGCAGGAGAAGCUGAUCCGGGUGAGGAACCCCUGGGGUCAGGUGGAGUGGACCGGGGCCUGGAGCGACGGGUCAUCAGAGUGGAACUCUGUCGAGGGAGAAUGUCCCAACGCCAAUGCAGAGGACGGAGAAUUCUGGAUGUCCUUCACUGAGUUCAUGAGACACUACUCUCGUAUCGAGAUCUGCACCCUGACCCCAGACACCAUCCUGGACGACUCUAUCAAACACUGGAGUGUCGGGAAGUUCGACGGAACCUGGAGGAAAGGGUCCACAGCAGGCGGCUGCCGCAACAACCCCUACACCUUCUGGACAAACCCCCAGUUUGUGAUCAAGCUGAAUGAGGAGGAUGACGACCCUGAGGACGGAGAGGAGGGCUGCAGUGUGGUGCUGGGGCUGAUCCAGAAGAACCGUAGGAAGAUGAGGAAGUCUGGAGAAGACAUGCACACCAUAGGCUUCGCCAUAUACGAGCUCCCCGAACAGUUCCACGGGCAGACGCAGGUGCACCUUGAUAAGAACUUCUUCCUGAGCCACGCCCAGAAGGCCCGCUCCGAGACCUUCAUUAACCUGCGUGAGGUCAGCACGCGCUUCAAGCUGCCCCCUGGGGAGUACCUGGUGGUGCCUUCCACCUACGAAGCCCACCUCAACGGAGACUUCUGCAUCCGCGUCUUCUCUGAGAAACAGUCCCAGACAAUACCGUGUGAUGAUCCUGUCGAAGCUGAGCUUGAAGAUGAGGAGGUUGCUGACGAGGAUGUGGAUGCUGGUUUCAGAGGUCUGUUCACCAAGCUCGCUGGAGAUGAUAUGGAAAUCUCUUAUGUGGAGUUGAGAACCAUUUUGAAUAAGAUCGUUUCCAAACGAACCGACAUAAAAACUGAUGGCUUCUGCUGCGAAACCUGCAGGGUCAUGGUCAACCUAUUGGACGAGAGUGGAAACGGAAAGCUGGGUCUUGGAGAGUUUGCAACUCUGUGGAAAAAAGUUCAGAAAUAUCUGACGAUCUACAAGCAGAAUGACGGUGAUAACUCAGGGACGAUGAGCACACCAGAGAUGCGUGUCGCUCUAAAAUCUGCAGGUUUCACCCUGAACAACGCCAUCUACCAGAUGCUGGUGUGCCGCUACGCUGAGCCGGACAUGACGAUGGACUUUGAUAACUUUGUGGCCUGUUUGAUGCGCCUGGAGAUGAUGUUUAGGAUCUUCAAGAAGCUGGAUACAGAAGACAGCGGUACUGUGCAGGUCACCCUUGACCAGUGGUUGAACAUUGCCAUGGUCUAAGGGGGCGUUCCAACAGUCCAAGUAUUACUCCAGCUUUACUGUCCGUGUUUACAAACCAAAGGUUUCAUUUAUUUUGUUGUUUGCGAUGCUGCGUGUCCACUAUGUUAUCUAUGCCAGGAAUAUUAACCAGCAGAUUCACUUCAUGUGACCUAAUAAAACAUAAUACACACAAUAGAUAAUAAAAAAACAGAAUAAAACAUUACCUUAAUGUC